UGGAAUGCACAGCGCAAUGCAUCAUUAAUCAACACUUGGCUAUUGAAGUCAGUGCGGACUAACUAGCUUACCGGAAGUUUCCUUCCACUACGUUCAUUAAACUCUCCCGGUAGUCUACCAACAACAACAAAUACACCUGGCGUAUAGAUCGAACACAUGUUAUCAAUGCUGGGGACGAUGUGUAAAUCUACGCAGAAUCAAGCCGUUUACCACAGUUGACUGCAUUCGAUUGUUCACUGGAUCUGUUGGACACAAACCACUCUGUUCAGCAUGCAAACUUUUUUAGUCCUGGAUUGACCAGCGAUUGGGCUAGUUCUUGGCUUAGGUUUAGAGUAUUCUUUCUUGCGCUAAUUAGAAUCGGGCCAAUCAAACGAACAUCUGCGCAGCCAGCUGAGUAGAUGAGCCUGCCUCAUGAGGUUCAGCUUCGGAGCGAUUCCGUUCUUCGGCGAUAGUAUGAGCUAUCAGGUCUCCGAAGAGCGCCAUGAGGACACCACGGAUCUGUACCAACCUGAGCGGCCACCGCGGAAAUCCAGCCCGGAACCAUUCUACGAAAACACCGGACCACCAGCCCUGCCCGUGUUUGGCCGCAGGACACGAAGUGACCUGAAUUUGGCACAAACCAACAGUGGCACCUCCGACGGGUACGUGGAACCGGAAACGUUGAAAGCCUCGUCGGCGGCCAUCGUUCCACUGUCCUCAACCAAGCCAACCGUACGAAUCCGCAGCAUACCAUCGGUUCUGCCACCGAUUCCACCGCGACCUCCGCUCGACUCGGACGCCCACUCGGACGUCACCGACCGGCGAGCCAUAUCCGAGACGCACCCGUACGACAUCUCCAAGAGCAUCGCCGAGUCCGCGAUGGACAUUUCCCUGCUGACGGCCAACGCCAACCAGCUGCGGCUGCUCAUAACCUACAACCAGGGCUCGCAGACGUACCUGGCCUGCAUCACGUUCAUCAUCAUGUCGCUGGUGCUGCAGAUGCUGGUGGCCGUCACCAUGAUCAUCGUUUCGCUCACCAAGAAGAACCUUCCGGAAGCAAAGCGGCAGAAGCUGAAAAUUAUCACCUCCGUCGGGGUGGCCAUCAUUACGAUGAUCAACAUCCUGGUGGCGUCGCUGGUCGUGGCCGAACAGAACCCGGCGGUUAUGGCUGGGAUGAUAGAUGCGGUUACGAUGGCCAGUGUCAGUACGACCGCAGCAGGAACCACGACGACGACGCCGAUGGCCAUCACCAGCAGUGAAGCGGCGGCUGUGGUGGAGUGAUUCGGAAUGGGGGGAAAGUU